AUCACAAACCAAGAAGAAAAAAAAAAAAAAAACCAUUUCAACACAGUUCUCAACUGGUUAAUGGGCAACAAAAUGAAACUGCAUGCUUUAUUCAAGAACAAAGUACCAAGCAGGCAACCAUGGCAAUGGGCUUCAUGCAAGCACCCAAAGACCCUCUCUUUCAGAGCAGGAGAUGAUGUUUUCAAGACUGUUAACUCAAUGUUCUUUGAUCCGAACGAUGGUGUUGAAACGCCUGAAUCAUGGUUCACAAACUCUUCAGAAUCAGCAAGUUUUUCGACCGAGUCAGAUCAGGGCAUUGAUGGGGAGUCAUUGGAGAUGGUUGUACAAGGGGCGAGAUCAGAAAGGCUGUUCUUCGAGCCUGGUGACACUAGUUCAAUCCUGGAAGAGGCUAAAACUGGAGCGUUUCCAUUCAAAGAAAGUGUAGUUGUAGCUAUGGAAUCAGAUGAUCCUUAUGUUGAUUUUAGAAGGUCGAUGGAAGAGAUAGUGGAAACACAUAGGCUGAAAGAUUGGGAGUGCUUGGAAGAGUUGUUGGCAUGGUAUUUGAAGGUCAAUGGGAAGAACAAUCAUGGGUUUAUAAUUAGUGCCUUCAUUGAUCUGCUUUUAGCACUUACUACUACUGCUACUACUUCUUCUGAAUCAACUUCUUAUUGUUCUGCUGUUUCUUCUUUUCCUUCAUCUCCUUUGUGUUCAACUGAAGGAGAUAAUUAUGAGAUUGAAGAGGAAGAAAAUGUUGUUUUUACUUAG